UGCAAGUUAUCCCCCUUCCCCACGAAGUUAUCCCCCUUCCCUUGCAUAUUAUCCCCCUUCUCCUGCAAGUUAUUCCCCUUUCCAUGCAUGUUAUCCCCCUUCCCAGACAUACAUAUUAUCCCCCUUCUCUGCAUAUUAUCCACCUUCCUAUGCAAGUUAUCCCCCUUCCCCACGAAGUUAUCCCCCUUCCCUUGCAUAUUAUCCCCCUUCUCCUGCAAGUUAUUCCCCUUUCCAUGCAUGUUAUCCCCCUUCCCAGACAUGUUAUCCCCCUUCCCUUGC